AUGGAUAAUUUUGAGAAAUGCUUGGACUCUGGAAAUGAAAUCCUAAAAAUAGAGGAUAGAUUAAGGGAAGAAGAUUUUUCGGACUAUUCUGCAGAAGCUUUGGAUUUUGAGAAAAGUGAGUUUACUAAGGUUUGGACAAAAUACAAGAAAGCUUAUGAUGAGUGUAGUUCGGAAGAAGGGAAAGAGAAGAAAUUUUUGGCGAUACAAACAAAGCAUAAGGAUUUAGCUGAUGAUGAAGAGAAAAGUUUCCCAAUAGGUGCAAAAAUAUUGCGAGAGGCAAUGUAUGUGGAUGAUGCCCUGGUUGGUGCGCAUUCUAUAGAAGAGGCAUUGGAAGCUCGAGAUCAGCUGAUUGGAAUUUUGAAAACGGCUAUGUUUGAUUUGAGGAAAUGGACUUCAAAUACAAAGGAAAUUUUGGAAGAUUUGCCAUUGGAGGACUUGUUAUCUAGUUCGUUUGUGUGUCUCGAAGAGGAUAGCAGGGCGAAAAUGUUAGGUGUUCGGUGGAAUGCGGCAUCUGAUUCCAAUAGGGUAUCUAGUAUUCUAAGCAAAGUUGGUAACAUAGAGUGGAGACAUGUUGUAUCGAAUUGUAAUCCUGCCGAUUUAGCAACCCGGGGGCUGACUCCUUCGGAGCUUAAGGAUAAUAAGUUAUGGUGGCAUGGACCAGAGUGGCUCAUAUUGGAUGAGAAUAAUUGGCCAAGCGGUGUAACAGAAUUUCAAACAUCCUCGGAGGAAAAAAGGUCUCAAUCUAUGUUUGCUAAAUCGUCAGAAAUAGCGGAUAGCUCGUUGAAAGUAAGUGGUGGCAAGCCGGAAGAAACGGAGAAAGUGACAGGAGACUCAGGUGAACCUCUAAAGGCAAAGGAGAAACCAAAAGUGCAGGAUUUUUUGUCGAAUAUAUCUACUUUUCAAAAGGCGAUUCAUGUUGUAGCUAGAAUGUAUCGUUUUGUAUCUCUUGCUCGGAAGUCGGAUUCAAAUCCUGAGAUGUUGUCUUCAGGAGAGUUGUCCAUGGCUAGAAAAGGUAUAUUUAUAUGGUCGCAGAAACAAUAUUUUUCAAAGGACUACGCUAGCCUAACAGCCAAGACCAGACUGAGUCCCAAAAGUCCAUUGAUCUGUUUAAACCCAUUUCUAGAUCAAGCUGGCAUCAUCCGGGCUAAUGGCCGCUUAGGUUCCACGACGUGUUUGACAUACAACGAACGGCAUCCGGUGAUUCUGGCAUAUGAAAGCAGGAUAGCAAGACUUUAUGUGGAGUUCGUUCAUAAAAUCACUUGCCACGGUGGUAUCAGAUUGGUAAUGACGACCGUCCGCUUAGAAUGUUGGGUCAUCAGACUUAAAAGCUUGGUGAAGAGUGUUAUACACAAUUGCAAGGUCUGUGUUUUACACCGUCAGAAGCUGAUGCAACAAAUUAUGAGCGUGUUGCCCCCCGAAAGAACGACUCUGAGUCGAGCAUUUACUAAUACGGGAGUAGACUUUGCCGGACCGUUUGAGAUAAAGAGUUUUACCGGUCGUUAUAGCAGAAUUACCAAAGGAUAUGUGUGUCUCUUUGUAUGUUUCGCAACUAAGGCAAUCCAUUUAGAGGCAGUCAGUGACUUGUCUACCCCAGCCUUUCUGGCAGCAUUAGAUAGAUUUGUGGCUCGAAGAGGUUGUCCAAAUUCCAUGUACUCGGAUAAUGGCAGGAACUUUGUGGGAGCUGCGCGGCAAAUCGACUCAAACUUUGCCCAACAAGUUAAAUCGUUUAAGGACGAGGCUGUCAAUAAAUUUGGUCAUCAAAGACUUUCUUGGCAUUUCAUCCCUGCAGCAGCUCCUCAUAUGGGCGGACUCUGGGAGUCGGGAGUGAAAAGUUUUAAGACCCACUUCAAAAAGCUUUCUGGUCAACUUAAAUACACCUUCGAGGAGUUCUCCACAUUAUUAGCGACGAUUGAGGCAUGUCUCAAUUCUCGCCCUCUCGGAUCCAUGUCUGAAGACGUCGAGGACCUACAAGCACUCACGCCAGCUCACUUUUUAAUUGGUUCCUCUAUGUUGACCCCAGCGGAACCAGAAGAAAUUAAACCUGUAAGCAGUAUCUUCAACCGUUGGCGGAAACUGAAAGCAAUUCAUCACGAUAUAUGUCGCAGAUGGAAAGAAGAAUAUUUGGUGGAACUACAUAAGAGAUAUAAGUGGAAAAAUCCUCAUAGUGACUUAAUCGUCGGUGACUUAGUGGCUCUCAAAGGAGAAUCUCUUUGCUCAACUGAUUGGCGCCUAGGGCGAAUAGUCAAGGUCUAUCAUGGUUCUGAUGACAAAGUUCGAGUAGUUGAUUUGAAAACCCAGGGUGGCAUAAUUACUAGACCCAUUCACAAAUUAGUACUCUUACCCCGUAGCUCACAAAUCUAA